GCCAGACUUCACUCGCAUCUCACUUUCUCUCUCUCUCUCUCACACACACCCUCACCCUCACUCUCUCUCUCUCUCUCUCUCUCUCCCGUACAGAGCACCAGGACCGGAUACCAAAGUGAAGGAAACAUGAGUUACUCCAGCGACAUUUACAGCAGCAGCUCCUACAGGAAGAUCUUCGGAGAUGCCCCCCGGUCCGGCCGCGUCGGUAUGGGCAGCAGCAGCAGCCCGUCCCGCCUGCACCCCGCGGGAUACCGCAGCAGCCACCGCACCUACGGUUCACCCUCCGUGAUGUCCUCCGCCACCUACCGCAGGUCCGCGGCACCCGGCCGCGUCUUCUCCUCCAUGCAGGACUCGAUGGACCUGACCCAGUCCACCGCGGUCACCAACGAGCUCAAGAUCAUCCGCACCAACGAGAAGGAGCAGCUGCAGGGCCUCAACGACCGCUUCGUGUCCUUCAUCGAGAAGGUGCACAACUUGGAGCAGCAGAACAAAGUCCUGGAGGCGGAGGUCACGAUGCUGCGCCAGCGCAACAACGAGCCCUCGCGCCUGCACGAGCUCUACGAGCAGGAGAUCCGCGAGCUGCGGGCCCGCGUGGAGGAGCUGACCCACGAGAAGAGCCAGAUGCACGUGGACUGCGUGCAGAUGAACGACACGCUGGAGGGCGUGAGGGAGAAGCUGGAGGAGGAGAGCAGGCUGCGAGAGGAGGCGGAGAACACUCUGAAGGGAUACCGGAAGGACGUGGACGACGCCACCCUGGCGCGCCUCGAGCUGGAGAAGAAAGUUGAGGCGCUGCUGGACGAGAUCGCCUUCCUCAGGAAAGUUCACGAAGAGGAGCUGCAGGAGAUGCAGGCGUCUUUGCAGGCCACUCAGGUGUCUGUGGAGAUGGACACAGUAAGUAAACCGGACCUGACUGCAGCCCUGAAGGACAUCCGGGCUCAGUAUGAGAACCUGUCCGCCAGGAACCAGGCCCAGGCCGAGGACUGGUACCGCUCCAAGUUUGCCAGCGUGACUGAGGCGGCCGCCCGCAAUCAGGACGCCGUCAAGCACUCCAAGGAGGAGCUGAGCGAGUACCGCAGGCAGGUGCAGUCCCGCACCCUGGAGAUCGAGUCCCUCAGGGGCCACAACGAGGCUCUGGAGAGGCAGAUCGCCGAGAUGGAGGAUCGCCAUAACAAUGAAAUGGGAGAGAUGCAGGAUACCAUCCAGCAGCUGGAGGGGGCUCUCCGCAGCACCAAAGGAGAAAUGUCCCGUCACCUCCGUGAAUACCAGGACCUGUUGAAUGUCAAGAUGGCGCUGGACAUCGAGAUCGCUGCCUACAGGAAGCUGCUGGAAGGUGAGGAGUGCCGCCUCAGCUCUGUGAGCGGAGCCAUGGUCCAGUCCGGCUACCCCGGCUUCUCCUACAUGUCGUCCCGCAGCUACUCCCUGGGAGCCUACAGGAAGUCCGAGGCCAAGCCGGAGGAGGAGGAGCAGGAGGAAGAGGAGGGCGAGGAAGAGGAGGAAGAGGAGGGAGAGGAGAAUGAGGAGGAGGGAGACGAGGGAGAAGAGAAUGGGGAGGAGGGAGAUGACCAGGAGGACGGAGACGACCAGGACGAGGGAGACGAGCAGGACCAGGAGGAAGAGAAGGUGAAGGAGGAGAAAGAGAAGGACGAGAAGAAGAAGGAGAAGGAGACCCCCGCCGGCAAGACCAGCAAGAGCUAAACAGCUUGUGUCAUCUUCAUCAGCAUUAUCAGUAACACAUCCCUCAUCCCAUCAAUCACCUCUGUGGAUCUGAUCACAUCCUCUCUGUCACACACACACACACACACACACACACACACACACACACACACACACACACACACACACACACACACACUCCAGACACAUCUUGUGUUUUUCUGUCUCUGUUGGCUCUGUUACUCAGCAGAAGGAGCAGAAAAAAGAUGGGGAAGAAGGAAGGACGUAAAUCCUCUUCUUCUUCCUCUGCAGAGCUCGUUGAAAGUUAGCAUCAAUGUCACAACUCCGUUUUUUUCCCCUCCAUCUGAUCAUCCAGUGAAUGUGCCAUCAACGAUGACGACAUUAACAUUCAGAGCAAUCGAAAUGUUGAAAAGUAAACUAUAUUAUCAGCACACAAACUCAAAAGAGAAACGCACAGAUCGCGGAGCAUGAGUAACAGCCGGUCCAACUUUUACGGUGCUAUUUGUUAAUUUUACAUAUAAAAGUUGGGGGAGUAUCGCAGGUCCAAGAUCGUAUCGCAGACUGAACCUCCACCAGCUCGUUUCUGAAAAAUACAAAUUCUGCUUCUAUUCGAGCUGUAAGGUGAAUGCUUUCCACACCGCCCGCCAAAUCUCUGACUCCUCCUCCUUUCUGUCACUCUCCCCACUCAUCUCAUCUCCGCCACGACAAAAUGAAAUGUACCACCUUCCAUUAAAGGUCCCCGCACUGUCACCGCACGGCAAUAACGGCUACUCGGAGCUCUGAAUCACUGUGUGUAGAAAACGUGCACGGAGGGUGCCGCCGCUUUUCCGUGCAUCUUUUGUGAAUGAAAAAUGUAGAGUUUUAAAUUGCCGCUAUAUCCUUUUAUUUGUUUUUGGGGAAUAUGAAAUAUCCCCCCUCCCCCCGCCCCGCCCCCUCCCCUUUGAUUGAUUCAUUUGUCGAUGAAAUUCUGCUACUUCCUUAGAACCGACCUCCUCCUCCUCCUCGUUUUUGUUUAAUUUCGCUGAAUAAAGGAGACAAGAUGGCGGUGAGCGCGUGGCUGUCGGUGUCAGGCAGCUGAUGGUGACACUGACGGCCCUCAGCUCAAACUAUAAGUGGCAGGUGGGGCCAACAGGGGUCAUGGCUGUAGUGUACAGAGUCGCAUAUAAGGGCUAUUUUUACCCCCCGUCCCCACCCCCUCUUUCUCUCACUCCGGCCUGAUUGGUUGUCAUGUCACUGCUGUGUUUCAUUUCUCGCUCGCCCCCCUGAGCGUUUUCCUCUCGAGACGACGAAUGAAUCAACCAACGGGUAUGAAUGCAUGGCCUGACUCUCGGAGCUUGAAUCUCUCCUGGAUGGGAUAGAUGUUUUUGCUUGUUGUGUGUUCAAUUAAAAAAAAAAAAAAAAAAAAGAAAAAGAAAAAACUUGCCUUAACCAUGACUGAAAGUUCAAAUAAAAAACAUGUCUUCACCUGCAUCUCACUUGUUUCUGGGGGAGUCUGAGGAGCGCUGACACUUUUCAGACCUCUUCUGUACAACUGUGACUGAAUGUAGUGAUUAUUUCCUCUCAAAGCCAAAUAAAGACAUUUAUUAACCAAA